AGCCGAGGAACCGAAACAGAAAACAGGCCGCGCGGGUGGCGGAGGAGCCGCGCACAGCGAUGGAGCUGCGGGCGCUGCCGUGGCUGCUGGGGCUGCUGUGCUGGGGCGGCGGCGGCGACGCGGACUCCCGCGCCCCCUUCACCCCGACCUGGCCGCGGAGCCGCCGGCGAGAGGCCGCCGCCUUGCGGGAAAGUCUUAAUAGACAUCGAUACUUGAAUUCUUUAUUUCCCAGUGAAAACUCGACCGCCUUCUAUGGAAUAAAUCAGUUUUCUUAUUUGUUUCCUGAAGAGUUUAAAGCCAUUUAUUUAAGAAGCAAACCUUCCAAGUAUCCCAGAUACUCAGCAGAAGUACGUAUGUCCAUCCCUAAUGUGUCUUUGCCAUUAAGAUUUGACUGGAGGGACAAGCAUGUUGUGACACAAGUGAGAAACCAGCAGAUGUGUGGAGGAUGCUGGGCCUUCAGCGUGGUGGGGGCAGUGGAAUCUGCAUGUGCGAUAAAAGGGAAGCCGCUGGAAGACCUAAGUGUACAGCAGGUCAUUGACUGUUCAUAUAAUAACUAUGGCUGCAAUGGAGGCUCUACUCUCAGUGCUUUGAACUGGUUGAACAAGAUGCAAGUAAAACUGGUGAAAGAUUCAGAAUAUCCUUUUAAAGCACAGAAUGGUCUGUGCCAUUACUUUUCUGGUUCACAUUCUGGAUUUUCAAUCAAAGGUUAUUCUGCAUAUGACUUCAGUAACCAAGAAGAUGAAAUGGCAAAAGCCCUUCUUACCUUUGGCCCUUUGGUAGUCAUAGUAGAUGCAGUGAGCUGGCAAGAUUACCUGGGGGGCAUUAUACAGCAUCACUGCUCUAGUGGAGAAGCAAAUCAUGCAGUUCUCGUAACUGGAUUUGAUAAAACAGGAAGUACUCCGUAUUGGAUUGUGCGGAAUUCCUGGGGAAGUUCAUGGGGAGUAGAUGGUUAUGCCCAUGUCAAAAUGGGAAGUAAUGUUUGUGGUAUUGCAGAUUCAGUUUCUUCUAUAUUUGUGUGACAUGUUGGGCAGAUCAAGAGACAACUACAGAUAUGAAGGUUUUCAUGAUGCAGUGUAACAUAGCACUUCCAAGCGUUACUCAACUUCAAGUUUUAGCACCUACAAAAGAUUCUAAGGCCUAGUAGGAUCUAAACUAAGUUGCAGAAUGUUCCAUUCUUGUAGAGAGAUGGACACCCAAAGGCAGCUGGGCAGACUCCGGCAUAGAAGCCUACAAGGAAGUCUAUGGAACAGUUUCUUGCCCUGAGAAGAAAUUCAGAUUAGGAGAUAUUUUAGGCCCCUGCAGCUGGGGGAGGCUGUUGUUUGUUUUUGUUUGCUUAUUAUUUAUUUGUUUGUUUGUUAUGAGAUAUUUCAGGUGGGACCAAAGAGGUCAUAAGAA